AUGUGCUAUAUCGAGGAUUAUCUCAAAGAGUGCGGGCACUUUUGGCCGGAACGAAUCAUCUACUGCGACAGACACGGCCGCAACCUAAAUCACGUCGGCCCCGAGCGCAGACCCUGCAAAUCUUUUGACCCCGACACGUGCAGGACUACCAUACCAGUUCCCGGACACUGCGAUAACGAGGUGUGCUGGAGGGUGUCCCAAGUCAAAUCCGACUGGACAUGCCAAAGAUCUGUCAUCGUUGCUGCAUCGAGCCGGUUGCUGUGUCGUGUUUGCGAUGGCCGGGUGCUCCGUGGAAAAACAUGUGACCAAAGUGCGAUUAUCCUUUGGAGGGAGAGGCAUGGGUGGAUUCUGGACUCCAUGAGGCGGUUCUUCUACUCACCUGGCAUGGACUUGGAGUUCCGCCUCGCACCAACGAAUUUAUGA